GCAUGCGCAGUAAUAAAACAUGUCUAAACAUCGCCUUUAUUUACCGGCCUAUACAUGCUAUAUAAAUAGUAGGAGAUAGCUCUUAAACUGCAAGUAGAAGAAUAUAUCAAUAUUGCUACGAGCUUGAAUUUUUUUUCAGUAACGAUGGCUAUGAGUUCGAAGCAGAAGGGGGCAAUGAAGCGCCUUGCAACUGAUCUAAAGGAGCUCCAAGAACAGCCAGUUGAGAAUGUGUCGGCUGCCCCACUUGACGAGAACAUGUUUGAGUGGCACUGUAACUUCAAACAUGACGAGAUAAUAUACCACCUGAUCUUAUACUUGCCCAAACAGUAUCCCUACGAGUCGCCAAGCGCAGAAUUUGUACCUGCUGGUUUUAGAUACAACAGUGGUGCAACAAUGCCUGGAAAAAAGGGAACUAAAGUCUGCCUCAACAUAUUUGCUGACUUUGCAUAUAUUCACACAGAAUGGAAGGACCAGAAGGGAUUGGGCUGGUCUCCCGGUUACACAGUCCAGACUAUUCUGAUGAACGUUGUUGCUUUCCUAGCCGAAACCCAGUCCGGGGAUAACUCAUGGAUGAAGGACACAGCUAAGCACAAUCUUAAACUGUCCAAAGACUUCAAAUGCGCUGACUGUGGGCACACUUACGGCAAACCAUACCCUCCGCUUGAUACACCAAAACCAAAACUUAAAAAAGGCAGCUCCAAUGUAGGAAAAUCAAAGGGACCUCAGAUCAUAGAUUAUAUGUCAAAGGAGCAUUUCAAAGCUGAAAAACCAAAGUCAAACGAUGAAAUUUAUGGUUAUGGUCUUAUUGUUUCUGGUCCACCUCAUAGGCCUGCUUUGACAACUCCUUGUGAAUUCCUACAACUGGGCUCAUUCAACAGUAUGAAAAAUGCCACUGGAACGGUGCACAGUGUACUGAAGGAAGAACUGAAAUACUUUCUACCACUUUAUAUACACCCAAAACAUGGCGAGAAUAUAAAGGCGCUAUUUGAAAAGGUGUUAAAUGAAGAUAUUGCAGCAUUGUUACCUAAAUGUAAACCGAAUAAAACUGCCAUUGAAGAGAUGGUAAUUAAGACGAUACCUAAUCUGAUGAGUGCAACAGUAGUAGAGUUCAGCAAAGGGACACAACACACCAGCGACAACAGCUUGAAUGGGUAUUUUGCUUUGCACCGUUUGCUGCUUUGGGCGUUAGAGACGUACCCAGAUCUUCAGAAAAUUAUUGACCAAAGACUACAGGUUUUUAUAGCAGAUGAGAGUAAUCGAACUAAGAAAGCUUGUCCUCAUAUCGGAGAAUGGCUCAUGCUUUUAUCGGCCUCGUGGAAAUAUAGAUGGGAGGAUGCAGCUGAUGCUUAUCUGUCAGAAAGUAUGAGGCGUCAAGUGAUGUGGUAUGUGAAAGAUGAUGCUAAGCUUGGAAUGCUUGACACAGAUCAGAAAUACCGGUUGGACAACACACUUAUGAAAACUGCUGUUAGCAGAAAACUUCUUGCGUUUCAGGUUUUAUUCUUGGACAUUGCAAUGCCGAAAGGCAAAAGCCGAAAAGACCUCAUAAAACGUUACGAUGACAAUCUAGGUUUCCCAACCCCAGACAUGGUAAAAAUGAUGAAAGAGUCUGUGGACACCAUAAACAAUAUGAAAACAUUUGCUGAUUGGUACAAGGUUUUGAAAUUAAAACCACCCACAGAGAAAGAGUUGUUCGAUAAGUAUGUAAAAUGUGUAGAGUAUUCCAUCUGGACUGAUGGAUAUAACUGGUCCUUCUGGAAGACAGGCGGAGGUUGGGGCGAGGUACUGCGCCGAUAUAAACCAUACAAGCCUAAAGAAAAGAAAGAGGGUGGCGAAGAGAAAGCUGAAAAGGGCAAAGGAAAAGCUCCUGUUAAAGGACCUGCAGUUGUGAAAGGUGUUAAAAAGGGAAAACAUGCUCCGAUGGAUGAAAGCGAAAUCGAAGAGGAAGAAGCCAAACCUAAAGGUCGAGGUCGAGGAAAAUCACCUGCUGCAAGAGGUAAAGGGGGUCGUGGAGGCGGAAAAGCAGGCCGAGGCAAGAAGGCAGUAGAAAGUUCUGAAGAUGAAAUGUCCGAGGAAGAAGUUAAACCAAAGGGUAGGGGAAGAGGCCGAGGUAAAAGAUCAGCCGAUGAAGCGUUUGGGGCUAAGGCAGUUGGUAGAGGAGGCAAGAAAAAGAAGUGAUCAAAAUGUUGGUUUGGUGACCACACUGUGCCUGAUUAAGAAUAUUGUCAUACGGACAAGAUUGUUAAGUUGUUUAAAUUUUGACAUGAAAAUUGAAAAGCAGAACAAAAUGUUUGCCUCAACCGUAAUUCUGUUGCGAAUUAUGGUAAAUCUAUUAUGUAGAACUUAAUGCAUAGUCAACCCUUUCAAAGGGAUUUUGAAAUGGACUUAAACAUUAAUAUUUAUUUUGUCUUUAGCUAACUAAUUGUUUUGUAUUUUCAUUUAAUUGCGUCAUAAAUACUAAAAUAGA